UCCUGAGACUGCAGUAAAGUGUCGCAGUUUUAACAGUUUGGGUGUUUUGUGCGAGGAGGAAAAAAAUUCCGGUUGUUAUAAAUCAAAAAAGAAGUAAUCGCUCAUAGUCCCUUUUACAUUAAAUCAUAAUUAAUAAAAAAAACUACGAUAACAUUAAAAAAGUGAGAUUAAAGUGAAAAUGAACAAGACGUGUGCUAGGUGUGAAAAAAUGGUUUAUCCAACGGAGGAAUUAAAGUGCCUCGACAAGGUUUGGCAUAAGAUCUGUUUUAAAUGCAAAGAAUGUGGAAUGAGUCUCAAUAUGAGGAAUUAUAAAGGAUUUAAUAAGGAACCGUAUUGCGAAGCACAUAUACCAAAAGCAAAAGCAACUCCGAUGGCCGAAACUCCCGAAUUAAAACGAAUAGCUGAAAAUACAAAACUUCAAUCAAACGUAAAAUAUCACGCGGAUUUUGAAAAGAGUAAAGGAAAAUUUACUCAAGUAGCCGACGAUCCGGAAACGUUACGCAUCAAACAGAAUACAAAGAUAAUAAGUAACGUUUCGUAUCAUGGGGAAUUGCAAAGAAAAGCGGAAAUGGAACAAAGGAGGACGAUUAACGAGAAUGGAACGAUAACUUAUGCUACGGGGACUCUUAAAGAAGACCAGAAAAACGCAAAUUUACUUCAACAGAGUAUAAUUCAGCAGCAACAACAACAAUAUAACGCGAUUCCUACUCAACAACCGCAACCACAACAACAACAACAACCACAAAUGAUUCAAACGCCGCAGACUCCCGUUCAACAGAACUCUCAGGGAAUUGGGAAAAUUAGUGAUUAUGACCCGCAAAUUGGUGGAGGAACGCCUUAUUCAGCAAGAAACUCUCAAACUGUUAUCUAUACGAGUGACCAUGGUGCGGUAAAUAAUCCGCCUCAACGUCACAUCGGUUCUGUUCACGAUAUGGAUCCGGUGAAUCAUAAUUAUGGUUCGUUGGGGCGCGUUUACCGCGCGAUGUAUGAUUAUGAAGCGGUCGACGACGACGAGGUAAGUUUCCUCGAUGGCGAUCUAAUCAUAAACGUGAGUAACAUUGACGGAGGUUGGAUGACGGGUGAGGUACAACGCACUGGACAAGUGGGCAUGUUGCCGGCCAAUUAUGUUCAACUUGCUAAUAUUUAAUCCAUUUAGAAUACAGAGAAGAAUACGGUUUAUUAUUAUUGUUUUAAAAUAACACAACAAAAGAUGUUCUUAUUUUUUGUCUUCUAUCUAUUUAUUCUUUAUUGAAUUUUUUUGAUCAAUUUUUUGAGGUUAUAAACAUAUCGAAGUUCAUUCCAAGUGCAUUUAUAUACAAUAAAUAUAAAUAGAAAUAUUUAAUUUUCAGUAGGAUAUCAUUCCCAUUUUUACAAUUUACAAGAAAUCCACUUUUAAGCAGUUUUAUAACGUUUUUACACAAAUUAAUGUUCAAUAAUAUAAAAUCUCUCAGAGUUCCAUGAACAUUUUUUAUACAAUUUAAAUUUAAUGUGUAAACUUUAUAUAGUAAUUUUUUACUGAUUGGAAAUAGAAUCUGAGAGGCGAAUUAAUAUCAUUUAUUAUUGAACAUAAAAUAUAUUUGAUAAGAGUGCUUGCCAAAAUGUUUAAAAAUAAUGUAAUAAUAAAGUGCCUUGUUGUGGGUUUAGAGAUAAUUGAUUGCAAAAAAAAAA